CAGAGCUCACAAGGUUCUAAUUGCAUUAAUUAUGAUGAUGAUAAUGAUGACGAUGAAAGUUUUUCGUUGAUCCAAUUUGUUACUUUAUUAGGUGGUGACGCUGGAUUCGGAAUCUUGUGCCUUUCCCUUUUGAGUUGCAAGUUGCAUCAAUGUUCAAAGAGGAGGAGAAAAAGAAGAAGGAAAGAGGAGCUUUUCAAGCAAAACGGUGGCCUUUUGCUACAAGAAAAGCUGUCGCCUGAUGGAAGCAGCGAGAGAGCGAAACUCUUCACCGCAGAGGAGCUGCAAAGAGCAACUGACGACUAUAACAAGAACCGGUUUCUUGGCCAGGGAGGCUUUGGCACUGUUUAUAAAGGAAUGUUGCCUGAUGGCAGCGUGGUUGCCAUCAAAAGGUUCAAAGCAAUUGGUACAAACCAGGUUGAGCAAUUCAUUAAUGAAGUCGUCGUUCUAUCUCAUAUCAAUCACCGUAACAUUGUGAAAUUACUCGGUUGUUGUUUGGAGACCGAGACUCCCAUAUUAGUGUAUGAAUUUAUUUCUAAUGGAACCUUGCACCAUCACAUCCACCAAAAAGACCCUGAAUCGCCACUUUCAUGGGAGAGGCGAUUCGGCAUUGCUUGUGAUAUUGCAGGAGCUUUGGCAUACAUGCAUUCCGCAGCCUCAAUGCCUAUCUUUCAUAGGGACAUCAAAUCCUCCAACAUACUUUUAGAUGACAAGUACAAUGCAAAAAUUGCCGACUUUGGGACUUCGAGAUCAGUCCCACAUGACAAAACUCAUUUAACCACAGCAGUGCAAGGAACAUUAGGGUACAUGGAUCCGGAGUACUUCCAAUCAAGCCAAUUCACAGAUAAAAGUGAUGUUUAUAGCUUCGGAGUUACGCUUACAGAGAUCCUAACCGGAGAAAAUCCAUUUUCUUUUGCUGAAGAUCAUGAAGGGAAGAAUCUGAUUUCAACUUUUAUUGCAUUGACAAGGGACAAUCAGCUUUCUCAAAUUUUAGAUCCGCAAGUGGCUAAGGAUGCAGGGGAGGAACUGGAAGAUAUUCAUGCCAUUGCAGAGCUUGCAACAAGAUGUUUGAGGUUGAACGGGAAGAAGAGGCCAACGAUGAAACUAGUAUCAAUGGAGUUAGAAAGAUUGAGAAAUAACCAAAUAAACUUGGAAAUGGACCAAGAGAGUGAGUCCUCAAGAGAUGAAGAGCCAUGUUGGAAUAUAACCAUUGAUACCACUCAAGAAUCUAUAACAUCUAGCACUUAUACCUUCUCGGACGUUGAGGCCACUGCUUUAAAUAACUUAAUUAAAUAAAAAAAAAUUUGUUGUACAUUGGCACGGAUUCGACCCCGCAUUGUAUAAAAAAUUUAACAGAAAAUUAAGAACAAAAAACUGGUUUUACAUUCUUUC